AUGGCUGCUAACGGCACCUCGAAGCUGGACUUCACCAAGUUCUACAAUGUCAUCAACGGCAAGCUGGAGACGACACCCAAGACCAGACACGGCUUGAACCCCUCCACACUCGAGCCCCUCGCCGAGGUGCCCCUCUCGACCGCUGAGGAUGUCGACAGAGCUGUGCAGGCCGCGAGGGCCGCCCAGGAGGCAUGGGCCGAGACGCCCUACGAGGAGCGCAAGAAGGCUGUCGCCAAGCUCGGUGACCUGAUGGAGGAGAACCUCAACGAGUUCGCCGUCAUGCUGAGCAAGGAGCAGGGCAAGCCUAUUGGCUUCGCCCAAUUCGAGAUCUCUGAGGCCAUCAAGCACUUCAGAGGUGUUCCUACGCUUCCCUUCCCCGAGGAGGUCGUCAGCGAUGACCCCGACCGUCGCGUCAUCACCAGAUACGUGCCUCUCGGUGUUGCCGUCGGCAUUGUUCCAUGGAACUCUGUCGGCAAGAUCUGCCCUGCCCUGAUCACCGGAAACGCCUUCAUCCUCAAGCCCUCUCCCUUCACCCCCUACUGCGACCUCAAGAUCGUCGAGCUCGCCCAGCAGGUCUUCCCGCCCGGCGUCUUCCAGGCGCUCAGCGGCGACGACAACCUCGGCCCCUGGCUCACCUCCCACCCCGGCGUCGACAAGGUCAGCUUCACGGGCUCGACCGCCACGGGCAAGCGCGUCAUGGAGAGCUGCGCAAAGACGCUCAAGCGCGUCACUCUGGAGCUCGGCGGCAACGACGCGGCUAUCGUCCUCCCUGACGUCGACAUCAAGGCCGUCGCGCCUAAGAUCGUCACCCUGGCUCUGUACAACUCUGGACAGGUCUGCAUCGCUAUCAAGCGCAUCUACAUCCACGAGUCCAUCUACGAUGAGCUCCUCACCGAGAUGGCCAACGUCGUGAACAGCUUCCCCGUCGGCGACGGUCAGAAGGAGGGCACCAUGCUCGGCCCCGUCCAGAACCAGAUGCAGUUCGAGCGCGUCAAGGACCUCCUCAAGGACAUUGAGGAGCAGAAGCACAAGCUUGCCGCUGGCUCCACGGCCCCUGCCUCCAACGGCAAGGGCUACUUCAUCACCCCCACCAUGGUCGACAACCCUCCCGACAACUCUCGCAUUGUCGUUGAGGAGCCCUUCGGCCCCGUCUUCCCCGUCCUCAAGUGGAGCGACGAGAAGGAGGUCAUCCAGCGCGCCAACAACACCGACAUGGGUCUCGGCGCCUCGGUCUGGUCCAAGGACCUCGAGAAGGCGCAGGCCAUCGCCAAGAAGCUCAAGGCCGGCAACGUCUGGAUCAACACGCACUUGGAGCUCCAGUACGAUGCGCCCUUCGGCGGCCACAAGCAGAGCGGUAUCGGAUACGAGUACGGCGCCGGCGGCCUGAAGGCGUACUGCAACGCCCAGUCCAUGUUCAUCACUAAGGCAUGA